AUGUCUCAGAGGGUAACCGGUAAGUGCUGCCUGGCCGGUCUCAAUGUCCAUACAGUAGACCUUUUCAUUUUAUCAAUUAAACUAAUUAACCCUUUCACUAAGUUACAUUUUCUAGAUUGUCCAAAGUCCUAUUUUUUUUUCUUCUUCUUCUUCGGUUACUUGCCUUCUUUUUUUUUCUUUUUUCGUAUUUACUCUUUCUCUUAUUUUCUUGUCUUUUAUUCUUUUUUGGCCUUCAAUUAUUUUUCUUUUUAUCACUCUUCAAUUCUUUUUCCUACUUUCAUCCUUUCAUGUUUUUAUUUUCGGUAUUUUUUUUUUCUUAAGUUCAACUUUCUUUCUUUUUCUUCAUUUCAGUUUAGUAAUAUCUAUUCUUCUCACACGAUUAUAUUCUUCCUUUUGAUAGAUUUCUUUUUACCUCCUUUUCCUUUUCUUCUUUUUAUCAUUUUUUACGUUUGUGUUUUCUUUUUCACCCUUAUUUUCAUCUUUAAAUUUCAUAAUUUUUCCUCUUUUCAUUCUUCUUCUUCUUUUUCUUUUUUCUUCUUCUUCUUCUUCUUCUUCUUCUUCUUCUUCUUCUUCAUCGUCGCCUUCUAUUUCUCUUCUUCUCCACCUCCUUCUCUUCCUCCUCCUCCUUAUUCUUCUCCUCCUCCUUCUUCUUUCUGUUUCUUCCACCUCCUCUUCUUCUCCUUAUUUUGCUUCUUCUUCUUCUUCUUCUUCUUCUUCUUCUUCUUCUUCUUCUUCUUCUUCUUCCUCCUCUUCUUUUUCUUCUUCUAUUUCUUUUUCUCUUCUUCGUCGCCUUCUUCUUCUUCUUCUUCGUCGCUUUCUUCUUCUUCUUCUUCGUCGCCUUCUUCUUCUUCUUCUUCACCUCCUCUUUCUCUUCCUCCUCCUUGUCCUCCUCCUUCUUCUUCUACCAAACUUGAAUAUAAAUAA